GGUGCGGGAGGGCGCGGACGGAGCCGCUGCGAUGUCAGCCCCGCGGACCCUGGCGGCCGCCGCGGCGCCCGGGGGAGGCGGGCGGGCCAAGCUCACGCACCCGGGCAAGGCGAUCCUGGCGGGUGGCAUUGCUGGAGGGAUUGAAAUCUGCAUCACUUUCCCCACCGAAUAUGUAAAAACUCAGCUACAACUGGAUGAAAAAGCAAACCCCCCUCGGUACAGAAGUAUUGGUCACUGUGUGAAGCUAACUGUGCAAGAUCAUGGUGUCAGGGGUCUGUACAGGGGCCUCAGCUCUCUGCUAUAUGGCUCUAUUCCAAAAUCUGCUGUCAGGUUUGGGGUGUUCGAGGUACUCAGCAAUUAUGCAAAGGAUUCAAGUGGGAAACUGGACAGUAAACGGAGCUUAAUUUGUGGCUUGGGAGCUGGUGUAGCAGAAGCUGUUGCAAUUGUCUGUCCAAUGGAAACAAUAAAGGUGAAGUUCAUUCAUGACCAAUCCUCUCUCAACCCAAAGUACAGAGGGUUUUUCCAUGGUGUCCGUGAGAUUGUACGGGAACAAGGCUUGCGUGGAACAUACCAGGGGCUGACAGCUACUGUCCUCAAGCAAGGCUCAAACCAGGCAAUCCGGUUUUUUGUGAUGACUUCCUUCCGCAACUGGUAUCUAGGUGAUAAUACUCACCGAGAGAUGAACCCAUUCAUUACGGCUGCAUUUGGUGCCGUGGCAGGUGCAGCCAGUGUUUUCGGUAACACUCCAUUAGAUGUCAUCAAAACCAGGAUGCAGGGUCUGGAAGCCCACAAGUAUAAAAGUACCUUGGACUGUGCCUACCAGAUCCUCAAAAAUGAGGGCCCAUUGGCGUUUUACAAAGGGACGGUUCCUCGUCUUGGCAGAGUGUGUUUGGAUGUGGCGAUCGUGUUCGUGAUUUAUGAAGAAGUUGUCAAAGUUCUUAACAGAGUCUGGAAAACUGCCUGAUGCUUUUUCUGGCUUUGUCUGAAGGGGACACUUGGACUGGCUGGUUAGCCAGGUCCAGAGAUCUGAAAGGAAUUUAUUGCCAACUGUUUAUUGUCAAAAGGUUUGUGAAAAUGCAGAAACUAUCACUUUGAACUCAUUCUUUUAAAGCAAAUAAGCAGGAGCAUCUAACAUGGCUGCUCUGCUGGUACUGUGCUUCGGAGCUGAUAAGCUUGAGCUCAUCUAGAGAAGGCUCCUAGUGCAUUAUGACUAAUGACAUGUAUGCCUGCUCCUAAUGAAGCUGAGAUGACACGGAAAAACUCCUCUUCAAGUGAAAGCACUGGGCUGGAUGCUGCUGUUUGCACCAAUGCAUCGCUGGAGUAACUUUGACUUUUCCACUCCAAUGAGGCUCUGUGUAGGCUGGAGCUAUUUUAACUUCAAGUACAGAUGUCUUGUGUGGCUUCUAGUUCAAAUAGUGUGAACCCCCUGUUUAGACCCUAAAGUAACUUUUAAACCUGGUGUUAUAAAUCAUUUCACAAGCUAAACCAUUUAAGUCUGCUUUAAAUUUAAUUAAGGCUGUCCAGGGGUUUUCAGUGGUGUCAGGGAAGAUUUAAAUAAACCAGCUGAGGGGAGGGGUAAGGCCUACAUGACUUCAUUAGAUGACUCCGUGGAUUUACAAGAGUGUUACUGAGAAAUUGCCACGUGGAUUAUUUUCAAGAUUAUGUACACAGUGUCAAAGUGGGACAAGGGAGCACACUUUUUUUUUUCCAUGCUAGUUGAUGGUGGUAUGCAGCAUAAAUACAACUAUAUGUAAAUAGUGUAAUUUCUUACUUGUUAAUACGUGUGAGCUCACUCUCUAGGCUAGGAGGAAGGUGCCUACUGAGUCCCUGCUGUGGAGAGAAGACUGGAUCAGAGCUAUGACACCAGUAGCAAUACUUGAAAAGGAAGUUUUUCUGGGAGUGCUAGGGACCGGAUCAUUAGUAAGUAAGGAUACAGUGCCAUGGCAUUUACUUAGGAAAGCUUGUGUGGAAUUAGUAUGGUUUUACUUGAGUAAGAACUAUGUAUCCGGCUCUGUCCUGAAUUGGGAAGGUAAAGGUGUCCAAAGCUGCUACAGUGCUUGCCCCUUCAUGUGCAUUCCAGUGAGCAAGGCUGCACUUAACAGAGAACUAACCCCUUCAUCUGAAAGCAACUGCUUCCAGCUCCUCAAAGAUAUAUCGCCGACUCCUGCUCUCCCGUUUUAUGAAGUGGAGACCUCCAAGGGCAGUUUCUUCCCCCUGAUGUAGUUCAUACUCUUCAGGAGCAGAUCAGCAUGACUUAAGGUCAUGCCUUUUCAGUAAUCCUGACAAAGAGAAUGAAGGAUGGGAUGCUGGUCGUCCCCUUUAAGAGGGCAUAUGUCUCGGACCAUACACUUGAUCUUCACACGUGGUCCCAGAUGAUCUUUUCGGCAUGAUGUUAAUCAUGAAGGCAGUUGGGGAUUUUGGGGACAAUAUUAACUUUUUUGUGCAUGUCAUGGAUGGAUAAGAGAGAAAGAAGUGCUUCUCUAAUGGGUGUAAAUACAAAAUAAAUGCACUGGAGAUUAGUAUGAAUGCAGUCAAAGAGAACUCAGGCCAGCGUUCACUGUGCUGCACUUGAGAGAGGAGUUUGGGAGGGGCAGAAGUGAAAGGAUCGUGGACUUGACUGAUUUAACUACAGCAAGAAAGUCACAUUGAACUUGAUGGAAAGCUUUCUACCAGCUAUAAAAGUGUAAGGAGUAUUUAAUACAUGCCCUGAAGUUGAGGAAAGUAGAUAAUGUUUAUAUUGACAAUAGCUUCUUGCCUGUCUCAUCACUUUACUGGAGCACGUGGUGGGACUAAAAGCAGCAUUUGGCUCAUGUUCAACCAUGGGGAAGAUGAGUCAAUCUUGGUUCAAAGCCUUAUUUCCUCUUGACCUUGACUUGUUUCUAGCCUAAGACCAUAAGUCUCCUCUCGAGUUGAGAGCCAACUUUGACUUUUUUUUUUAAAUGUCGUUUUUAACUGGCUAUCGGUGAAUAUUGUACUUGGCUCAUCUACAGCAUUACUGCAACCUAAUGUAACAGGUACUGGUUCAUAGCUGCAGUCACAUGGCUCCUUUCCAUAGCCACUGUUAUCUUGACUGGGCAGGGUUGCUAUAGCCAGUUGAAUAGUUGCCCUAUUCAUUAUGCCUGCAUUUGCUACCUUGGUAAAUGAAUCCACACCAGGCAUCGUAGUCUGUGAAGUUUCUGCACCGAACAAAACUGCUUCCAUCAAAACCACUUGCGUAGCUGCCAAAGUUCCUUAAGCCACAGCGAUCCAGCUGUCUUAAUUAACAACUCCAAAGGGCCACCAGGUCAACGCUCUUGUUGAAACCCAAGAGCAGUCUGCCAACUCUUCCUUCAACUUCAGGCUGCCAGUGAUAGCUCUGCUAACCUCUGCAAUGCUGAUACAAAUAACCAGCGUCAGGCUUUUGUGGAGAUCAGAAGUCCUCUUUGCUAAAGCCUGGAUGUGACUCGCUGAGACAUGGGGUUUUUUAAAGAGCGUUUCCGAGGGGAAAGGGAAUUUAGAAGCAAUGCACGAGGCACCAAGUUGCUGUGGCUAUGGGUAGCAGCCUCUGGCCCAACCAGCAGGAAUAACGGCGUGUUUUAUAUUUUCAGACCUCACGCUUAACAAAAUGAAGAUCUGGAAAGGGAAACCGAGCCUGAUUGGGAGAUUAAAUGCUGUUUGGAGAAAAAGUAGUUUAGAAAUGCUGGCAGCAGUGUAAAGUUGUAUGUAGGUUGGAGGACCUAAUGUUUAAUUUUAUUCUUUAGCCAUACUAGCUAACAGCUCAUUUAUUAUAUCUUUUUUUUAUCAUUUUGAAUCUCCACUGUACCAAAAUAAUAAUACUAAAAAAAAAUCAAUUUUUUCGGUUAUGGCAACUCACAGAGGGCCUCUUUACAAAGUUAGCAAGAAGAAAUACUGUAUGUGGGACUUCAAUUGUAAAAUACCCAGCAUUGAUUUAAUACAUGAACUUACCAGUUAAGCGUGCAUUAAGCUUGCCCAUUACACGGUGCCGUUACUAGUGAAUGCUAUGCUGAUCACUGCUUGCAUACUGUAUUUAUGUUUUAAGGAAAGUUGCUGUUCUACUGCUUGUGCCUUUUUUUCUGGCUAAUAUCUCAAAGUUACUGCUAGCUAAUAUUUCAGUUAAUAAUCUAGUUAAUACUUCAAAUUCAUUUUUUUUUCACUGCUAAAUAAUUUGUUUACAAGUUCACACUUUUUUUUUUUUUAGCUCAAAAAAAAUUAAAUAAAUUUAAGAUGAAACAAA